AUGGUUGCAAUAGAUGCUACAUGGAAUGGACUCACUGUUCCUUAUUUUUUUGCAAAAGAUGAACGUUUAAAUGGUGAAUGUUAUCGAGUAAAGUUAUUACCAUUUUACAAGGAAGAAGGCGAUCGAUUAUUUAUGCAUUCAAAUUGGUGUCUAGUGCAAGAUGGUGCAACUGCUCAUACUGAUCGAAAAACACAAGAUUCGUGCAAAAAGAAUUUAACAUCAUUUAUCCCAAAAGGUCGGUGGCCCUCGAACUCACCAGAUUUGAAUCCAUUGGAUUACUCGAUCUGGGACAGCAUCAACAGAAAUAUUGACUUUCAGAAAGUCCACACAAGAGAUGAUUUAUAAAGGGAAAUUGUAAAAUCUUGGAAAGGGUGUGGGUGUGGGUGUUAGUGUGGAUUUGGGUGGUUGUUGGUGAAGCUGACGUGCAGACCUAAACGAAAACCCAUACCCACACACUCCCAUCCCACAACCACGCCGUGUGAUACAUAACUGAAGAUAAAACUGACCACUAGUAUGUUUUCUACAGAUUGAUUUAGACCCAUCGUGUCGCUUCUUAGCUGUGUUCGCCGAGAACAUAAAUGAAAAAACGAGCUCCUAAAAUAUCUUUCACUUCUUUUAUUGUCGAAUUAAACGAAUAAAUAAUAAAACAGAAGCCGUUUGGGAAUAGUAACAUCAAAGUUCCAGUUACUAAUACCACGUCGUUUUAUAAAGCACGAAGCAAAAAUUUUCGAAACCUAACACCUACGGGUGCCCCAUAAUGAAUGACCGCACUUUGUGCUUCAUAAUUUUGUCUCUAAAUACAUUUAAAAAAAAUCAAAUUAUACCACGAGAUGCAGCAUGAAAGGCUAUAUGAUUUAAAGAGUAAAGCUUAUUUUAGUUGUGUACUUUUUGUUUUCAAAAAAAGUUAAAUUCUGUAUGACCACUUUUCUCAGCAUCGAAUAUUGAUUGCACAUAUUUUUGCUUAUUAUGAAGACUAAAGACGCGCCAAUAAAAUCAGCUUUUCCCUGUAGAUUGGGUGUGGGUGUGGGUGUGUAUGGAUUGAUGUAAGACUCACACCCACAUCCACACCCAACGUUCUCUAUUUAAUUGUUUCCUAAACAGUAAAAUAUAAUCAUGAAUUUCUUUUCUCUUUUUUAAUCUACAGAAUUUGCAACGUUUAUUAUUCUUUAAUUGGAAUUAUCUUUGGUUAUUCAUUUUUCAAUAUAUUAAUAUAAAUUAAGACACUUUUUUGUAUCUAUAUAAACACACAUAACAUUUUGCGAAAAGUAUUCUAUCAUAAUUCAUGAAUAAUCGAAAAACAAUCCGUGAAAAACGUCAUGUUUAUUAACACUCGUCAAUGAAAGUAACUUCAGUGACAACAAAAAAGUGUUGUCUUUAUUCGUUUUGAAUUAUAAUGUGUUCAUAGAUUUCUUACAGAACAAUAGAUGAAGCUGAACUAGGUAUUUUGUACAAAUGAUAUUGUAUAGACAGAACUUAUAUAAAAAUUAAAUCAAUACUGUCUAUUAGCGUCCUCUUUUGAAAUCAAUAUUCGACUGGAGAAUCAAUCUAAGACUCAACAGUCAAUGAUAUUCGAAUAUAAAUAUGUAUAUAAAAAAUGUUUUAAGUUAAUGAACUAAACGUUUAUUGAAAUUAGAAAGACUAAUGAAAAAAAUAACCAUACUUAAAGUAAAAAAUAAAAAAUGACGAAACUGAUUAAGAACACUUUAAUAACAAGACGAAUAUCUUUGUUUUUGUGCGUCUUAAUCCAAUACUGGAAAGCGAAGACAAAAUAUUCCAGAAAGAGACUUAACACCGACACAAUCACAAUUAGUUUUGCCAUCCAUUCUGCCAAUUCAUGAUGUUUUUUACAUAUAGCUGCUAAUAAAAAAAUACCGCAAGUAUAAACACUUACUGGAAGAAAUGGUUUUCCGAAACAUAUUGCUCCUCCCCAUAAUGAACACAUAUUCAGCACCAUAGAAUAUAAAAAGUUAAUGUCAAUUGAUUUAUCAUCAUUUGGUGUUCUUUUUUCACUGUUUACAUGUUGAUAUAAAAUAUAAAAGCAAAUAUAAAAAGCGAAAACCAUAAGAAUUGCCCGUGUAUAACUGUAGUAAUCACUAUAAAAUGAUAAAAGAAACAAUGAAGGGUGUGGGUGUGGGCUGUGUGGGUGAGUGUGGGUGGGUGUGGGCUGUGUGGGUGGGUGUGGGUGUGUUGGUAUGGGUGGGGGUGU